AUUCAACAUUCUUAAGGUAGUAUUGAUGGACUUCGGAUUCGGCAUCGUGGGUUCCUCCGGCAACGGAAUGAGUUCCGAAAUCCCGGUGGAAACCUCUUCGGUCGCCAUGGUCGUACCGUCCUCACCGCUGCCCUUCGGGUCAAGUGUGGGGGCCGCAACCAUGACGUCAAUCUCGAUGCCGAGCUCGAUCUUCGGGUCGGCCCCUCGACCCAUUCCCGGGCUCGAAACCACGGGGGAUUUCCCCGUCGGUAAUUCGAACCCGUUUCUCGGACCGACUAUGGCUUCGGGCUCGACGGUCAACUUUGGACCGAACGCGGGUUUCCCCGCACCAGUUGAUCCAUUCGUUGGACCUCAUUGGGCGACCAACGGGCCUUUCCUCCACACGCCCAAUGCAGUUAGGCUGAUUUCGGUGCCUGCUAGUUCCGUCCAAAGGCCACCGAAGUUCAAUGGCACGAACUUCAAAAUGUGGCAACAAAAGAUGACGUUCUUCUUGACCGUCUUGGGAUUUGCUGAGUACCUGCAGCAAGAUCCUCCCCAGCCCAACAAAGCCAAAGACCCCCUCGUGGCGAUGGUGAACCAAGCGUGGUACCACAAUAAUUAUUUCGCCAUCAACAUUAUCCUCGAGGGGUUGGCCGAGACGCUGUACCCCGUCUACGCCGGUGCAAAGCUUGCCAAGGAGCUUUGGAACAGCUUGAACAAAAAGUAUCAAGCUGAAGAUGCCGGCACGAAGAAGUUCAUCGUCGGGAAGAUACUAGACUACAAGAUGGUCGACAGCAAAUCUGUUGUCGCCCAAGCUGAGGAGCUUACAGUAAUCUUCAACAAAUGCAAUGAAGAGAAGUAGGCGUCAGGCUUUUCAUGUGCCGGCCAUCAUCCACAAACUUCCCCGGUCGUGGGAAGACUUCCAAGCCGACCUCAAGCUCAAAAGAACGGAGCUGAACCUGGAGCAACUGCUCACGCGGUUGAGGAUUCGAGAGGAAGGGCUUGCCAGAAAAGGUGGAGGGGCAAAAGCAAAUGUGGUAGAACAUCCAUCGGGCUCCUCACAUGGCGGGAAGGAUAAAAAGAAAAUGGGUCCUAAGGG